CGGGCUCCAGCCCCGAGCCCGGCCCGGGCCCUGCCGGCGCCGCCUCCCGCGGGGCGGGGCCCGAGCGGCCGGGCCGGGCCGCGGCGGCGGAGGGCGGGCGGAGGGCGGCCGCUCCCGCUGCAAGAUGGCGGCGCAGAGGAGGAGUCUGCUGCAGAGUGAACAGCAGCCCAGCUGGACAGAUGACUUACCAUCCUGCCAUCUCUCUGGGGUGGGCUCAGCUCCAAACCGUUCCUACAGUGCAGAUGGCAAGGGGACAGAGGGUCACCCCUUGGAAGAUAACUGGUUAAAGUUCAGGAGUGAGAACAACUGCUACCUCUAUGGUGUCUUCAAUGGUUAUGAUGGCAACCGAGUCACCAACUUUGUGGGUCAGAGGCUGUCUGCAGAGCUGCUGCUGGGCCAGCUCCACGCAGACCACAGCGAUGCUGAUGUGCGUCGAGUGCUGCUGCAGGCUUUUGAUGUGGUGGAAAGAAGUUUCCUGGAGUCCAUUGAUGAUGCCUUAGCAGAGAAGGCCAGCCUGCAGUCUCAGCUACCAGAGGGUGUCCCUCACCACCAGCUCCCUCCUCAGUACCAGAAGAUUGUGGAGAGGUUGAAGGUUGUGGAGCAGGAGAUCUCUGGAGGAGCCAUGGCUAUUGUGGCUGUUGUUCUCAACAACAAACUCUACAUCGCCAAUGUGGGUACCAAUCGGGCACUGCUGUGCAAGUCCACGGUGGAUGGGCUGCAGGUGACUCAGCUCAACGUGGACCACACGACAGAGAAUGAAGAUGAACUUUUUCGCUUCUCUCAGCUGGGCUUGGAUGCAGGGAAAAUAAAACAAGUGGGAACUAUCCGUGGGCAGGAAAGCACUCGGCGCAUUGGAGAUUACAAAGUCAAGUACGGCUAUACCGAUAUUGAACUGCUCAGUGCUGCUAAAUCUAAGCCCAUCAUAGCAGAGCCUGAAAUCCACGGAGGGCACUCGCUGGAUGGGGUGACAGGCUUCUUGGUGCUCAUGUCUGAAGGGCUCUACAAAGCACUGGAGGCAGCUCAUGGGCCUGGGCAGGCCAACCAGGAAAUUGCAGCCAUGAUAGCCACAGAGUUUGCCAAGCAGACGUCACUGGAUGCUGUGGCACAAGCAGUGGUGGACCGGGUUAAGCGCAUUCACUGUGACACUUUUGCCAGUGGUGGGGAGCGGUCCAAGUUCUGUCCCCGUCACGAAGACAUGACACUGCUUGUGAGGAAUUUUGGGUACCCCCUGGGUGAGAUGAGCCAGCCCACGCUGACGCCAACGCAAGGAGGCCGUGUCUACCCAGUCUCUGUGCCAUAUUCCAGCUCCCAAAGCACAAGCAAGACAAGUGUCACGCUGUCUCUUGUCAUGCCUUCUCAAGGCCAGAUGGUCAAUGGUGCCCACAGCAGCUCAACUCUGGAUGAAGCCACUCCCACCCUCACUAACCAAAGCCCAACUGUGACGCUGCAGUCGACCAACACUCACACGCAGAGCAGCAGCUCGAGUUCAGAUGGAGGUCUCUUCCGCUCCCGCCCCACCCACUCGCUCCAGCCGGAUGAGGAUGGCCGUGUGGAGCCCUACGUGGAUUUUGCAGAGUUUUACCGGCUUUGGAACAUGGACCAUGGCGAGCAGGGAGCACUGACUGUGUCCUAACUUGUGUCUGCUUCCUGCAGACGCCUUGUGCUCGUCUGGGUGAGCAGAGACUGAGGCAAGGGUGAGAGUGUUCCACUGAGGGCUGCCUUCUGCCCAGAGCUAGCUCCUGUCCAGGAUGUGCUGCACACUGAGCAGGGGAUCUUGUGCACUACACACGUGUUGCCUGUGCCAUGCUCCCAAUCCUGCCCAGCCCUGGGAAGCCCUGUGAAUAGGGGAAGGGGUCUGGAAUGCAGCCCUCACUGCAGGUUUUUGCAAAUAAAGGUGUGGAGAGGGCUCCUUGUGGAUCCUGCAGGAUCAGGCCCGUCCGAAGGCUGCGUGUGUGCGCGUGUGUAGGUGUACACGUGUGUGCCUGCGUGUGUGUGUGUGUGCUGUCAUAAUGUUUCCACAACUCAAUUCAUAAUGCUGUGAUUCCAGUGUUCAACUCCAUAGAAGAUACCUCUAUUUUGCAGAAUAAAUAACUUAUAGCUACA